UUACCAAAUCUCCCGAUGAGCCCACUGCUGCUUCUCUGGCUUUGCUGUGUCCAUUUCACAAACCAAGAAAUCUGCAGCUCCCCAGGUAACCUCUCUGCUCCUCAGCUACUUCUAGACAAGACAUCCUCUGAGGAAGGAGUCAGCUUGGUCCUGAAGUGCAAAGUACCUGCCCUCUCUCCUUUUUCACGUGUUAUUUUCUGCAAAGAUGGGAAGGAUCUUGGAAGCUGGCCAAUGCAGGAAACCAAAUUUGCCUACAGCUAUCGAGUGAGUGUGAACAACACAGGGAGAUUUACCUGUCUGUAUCAGCACAAGGAUGAUCAGAAUCAGGAAAAGAAUUCACUUCUAAGUGACUCCCAGAACCUGGAUGUGACAGAUGCAACGCCUACUUCCAACAGAAAUGUAUCUGGAGUUCAGCCACUUUCCAAUGAAAUCUCCUGUCAUUUAAUACUAGGAAUCACCAUUCCUUCUCUCCUGGUCCUAGUGGUGGUGAGUUCCCUUUUGGCCAGGAAAGGUGCGUCUCCCACUAGAUCUUCCCAGGAAAAGGCACCACGAGAUGACAAAGAUAUUUCUGGAUCAUAUGAAAGUUUAAAAGCCGCCACCAUAGAAGAUGCACUUUACUCCACACUUCCUCUGCAGCACCUGACUAAGCACCUUAUUUGUGGCUCAGUGGAGCUGGGCACCAGGGUGUCGGUGGCAGCGCUGAGAUGCCCCUCACAGCCCAUCGUGGCAUCUGCUCUCACCGUCCUCUUCCUCG